AGCAAGCUCAGCCGUACCAGCGAUUUGUACUGAGACGAUAUCUUACCUGAAUAUGCAGUGCUCUCGCAUCCUUGGGGCCAGAAUGAAGAAGAAGUAAGUUUUGAAGUUUGCCAAACGCAGAUCUGGAUACACGAAUAUAUGUUACUGCGGUCAGCAAGCAAAGAGAGACGGUCUGGAGUACUUCUGGGUUGAUACGUGCUGCAUCGGUAAGGGCAAUAGCGCUGAGCUCCACGAGGCUAUCAACUCGAUGUCUCGUUGGUAUCGUAAUGCAGCUAGAUGCUAUGCUUAUCUCGCAGACGAAGCCUUUAUCAGAAGUCAGUGGUCUACUCGCAGAUGGACACUUCAGGAGCUGGUCGCGCCAGAUAGUGUCGAGAUUUUCGCACGAGACUGGACACGCCUCGGCAACACGACUACGUUAGGAACCGUUAUUUCUAGCGUCACGGGCAUUUCGAUGUCAUACGCGGUCGCCCGAUGGUCGACUGUACUAUCGAAGGACGGUCGAGUUGGUAAUUAUCACGCCAGACGAAACGCAAAGAAGACCAUAUUUACUCUUUAUUAGGUAUCUUUGUGGUAGUCAUAGCAUUCGUGUACGACGAAGAAAAACGCAUGGCUUUGGAAAGAUUUAGG